UGGAAUAAUGAUAAUAAGGGCAUCAUUAAUUUUGUUCGUAUCCGUCCCAUGUUCACACGCGCGUGAAAGAUCGAACGUGAUCAAUUCAAGUUUGAAUUCAUAACUGUUUAGAAGUUUUAUUUUACAACAUUUCACCACCGCCAAUUAAUAAGGACUAAGAUUUCCUACUUUGUACAGUUGUUCAUGUUUUCAUGUUAGAUUCCAGCAAGAUUAUGCAAAUAAAUCACCAGUUGAAAUUUUAGAGCUUCGAUCAAACGUUCGUUCGAACUCUUCGUCAUCGUGUUUUUCUUUGCAUAACGCUUGAACAGGAUACUAAUGGUUCGAUUUCAUACAGGUCUGGAUAUGCACUAUUAAAUGCGGUUUAUCACAGAAUUGGUAGCUAUGGGGAUCAGAAAGAGAAAUAUGCUGGUUGUUGUGACCUGCGUUAUCUUGCUCAACUCUGUUCUUGGGGAUGGAAGCACCAAUGGCUUCUUCAGUUUCACAAAUCCAGAAUAUGUAAUCUCUGAGGGAUCUCGGGCUUCUCUAGAUAUCAGAAGAACUGGUGGAACCAAUGGAAUUGUCUAUGUUCUUUGUAAGUUGGUCAAUGGUACUACAUUGGAUGAUUUUGGAAACAAAGAGGUGAUAAGAAAGUUCACAGAUGGGAUGACAAGUGACAGUUGUGAUUUUGAGACAGUAGAUGAUGCUAUCCCAGAAGGGAAUGAAACAUACACCAUCCAGUUAUCAAUCAUGGCAGGUGCUGGCGAGAUAAGAGACCCUUCAUCUACAAAGAUCACCAUUCUUGCCAAUGAUAAGGGAUUUGGAGUCAUUGGAUUUUCAGAGUCUGGCGAGGUGUCAGUCAGCGAAGGUGCAGCAUCACCUGUAUCCCUUAAGCUUAUCCGUGCUCUUGGCUCCUUUGGACCAGUGUCUGUUGACUGGAAGGUUUCGAGUGGUCCCAGCUUAGGAACUGAUGAUUUCAUAACAACUUCCGGGACAGUGAGUUUCCAGGAUGGACAGAUUGAGGCCAAUCUGGUACUAAAUAUCAAGUCAGAUGAUGUACCUGAGAACGAUGAGGUGUUCACUGUGAAACUAGCCACUGCAAACGGUGGAGCAGAGUUGAACGCAAGCUACACAGAACUGCAAGUCAAAAUACUCGCAAACGAUGCCCCUGUCAGGUUCCCCAUUACAUCACUUUCUGUUCCUGAAAAUGCCACCAGAGUCGACAUUGAAGUCUUCCGCGGCUUACAGUCAGACGGUCAGACAGUUGUUGGCUCUAUACAGGAUACUGUCACGGUAAAUUGGUACGUGAUACCUGGCAAUGCCCAACCAGGACAGGAUUUUAAGGACAUCAAUGGUACCUUGACUUUUGCAUCUGGAGUCACAAAGCAAAGCAUCUCUGUCUUGUUAAUCAACGACGUCAUCCCUGAGUUGGCUGAGAACUUCAGCGUUCAACUUCAGACUUUGAGCAGCAGUGUCUAUCUUGUUCCGCCUGGUAUUGCCAUGGUUACCAUUCUGCCCAAUGAUGAUCAGCAUGGCGUCAUAUCUUUCGGUGGAUUCCAAAGGAUCAUUGAUGAGGACGGAAGCCGGACAGGACAUUUUAAUGUUACCAGAGGAAGCGGUACUUUUGGUUCAGUCACUGUAGACUGGAAGAUCUUCCCUCAAAGCCCUUCGGACCUCGCCAAUGUGUUUGAGUCUCAAACUGGCCAUUUAACAUUCCUUGCUGACGAAAAACAAAAAUCUUUCACUGUGACUGUCAAAGCAGACGUUUUACCGGAGGAGGCAAAAGAGUAUUAUGUUGAGCUUUACAAUGUUAGUGGAGGAGCAAGGCUGGGGAAUACACAAGCCGACCAGAAGGCAGUUUUUUAUGUCGCAGACAGUGACAUGGCCUAUGGAGAAGUCACAUUUGCUAGUCAGGAUAUGCAGCGUAUACUGAAAGACAGCAAUCCAAGAAAACUACAGCUAUCCCUUGUAAGAUCAGGAGGUACUCUCCAGACAGUGUUGGUGAACUACACUGCUGAAUACUACCUUCCUGGAAGCUCCACACCCUCUAACUCACUUGGGCUCACGUCACCUGGCAGUGUCACUUUUAAUCCUGGCCAGAGUUCAGUUGUGUUUACUAUAGACAUUGCUAAUAAUGGCUUCAUUUCUCUCGCUUCUGUGUUUAAAGUGACGCUUGAAGAUGUGUCAUUAGCUGGAGUGAGCCCACUUAUCGCGCCCAAGACUCCAAGCAUCGGUGAUAACAACACUCUGUUUAUUAACGUGACCGCUGGUAACGCUAAUGGUGAAGUCGGCUUCUCAACGUCACACCAGUCCCUAGUGGUACAAGAACCCGAAGGGUCAUUACCUCGGGCCGUCAUCCUUCCGGUGCUGAGAGAUGGCACAGCCGGGGAAGCCAACGUGACGUGGACCCUGUCUAGUACGAAUCCCUUAGUCACGGCCGGGGACACUAGGCCGACUAGCGGUGUGAUCACAUUUCAGCAAGGACAAAGCUUAGCAAAUCUAACAAUCGAGGUCAUGCCUGAUGACGUGCCGGAACUGGAUGAAGCUUUGACUGUCAAACUAACCUCUGUCACCUCACCAAACAGACUGCAAUCCGGAAUGGAAACUGCACAGAUAACGAUACCCAAGAACGACAACCCUGGCGGAACCUUCAAUUUCGAAAGCGUCGACACCUUGUUUGUCAAGGAAAGAGAUGCUAUAGAACUUUUAGUUAUCCGACUCGGUGCUUCCUUGGACAAGCGAUGUGUCACUUUAAAGACAAACCCGUCAGGAGAUGACGAUUUUUCGGGAGCCAGGACUCUUACCUUCUAUGCGGGUGACACGAAGAAGUCUGAGCUGUGGUUCGUUAAAGAAGAUGGCGAACCUGAGCUUGAGGAGUUUUUCCAAGUGAGUCUGACCUCCGGCGGAAGAGGCUGCGAGGGUGGAACCCUUGGUAACGAGACUAAGAGAAACAUCAGUGUUGCUAAGAGUGAUGAUCCACAUGGUAUCGUCGGGUUUGCCCCAGAAGAUCUGAUCAAGCAAGUCAACGAAUCCCAAGUUUCCCCAAACAUCGUGAAGUUUAACGUGCAGCGCUUGAAAGGCACAUUCGGUACUAUCACAGUGACCUGGGAAGCUUUCAGUACCAGCGGAGACAACGCAAGCCUAGACAUCUCACCAGUAUCUGGUCAACUAACUUUUGCUGAGAAUGUGUCGGGCAAAACACUUGAUAUCAAUAUCAUUCACGAGAUGAUCCCUGAGGCGAAAGAGUCCUUCACAAUCACCCUCACCAAUGUGACCGGAGGUGCAAAGUUCAACAACUACCGUAGCGCAAAUCUAUCGAUCACCAAGAACGAUGACCCUGUGUAUAUAGGCCAACCCACCCAUAUCAACAUCACCGAGGGCCAGCCCGCCAAUUUCACAAUCCGUAGGGGAGGUGACGGGGAUACUGAGAUCGUUGUGACGUAUAGUACUGUCGAUGGUACGGCUACCGCGUCCAGUGCCGAUUACAAGGCUGUGGCCUUUGGGCGUGUCACAAUGGGUGUCGGGGAAUUCAGCAAAGAAAUUUCUAUUCCGACCAUUGAUGAUGAACUGCCAGAAGGCGUCGAAGAGUUCACUGUGCAGAUUGUUAAUGCCACCGGUGAUACAGUCCUCUACCCCACCCCUGUGGGUAAAGUUAGUAUCUACGCAAGUGAUGCCGGGACGGGUCUUUUCGAGUUCAGUCUCGCUUCAAGGAACAAGACAUCUCAGGAGGGAGCUUCUGUCAGCUUCGCCGUCAGCCGUUCCAUCGCUCAACACGGCGAGGUUCACGUGUACUGGCAAAUCUACCACGUCCUCUCAAAUGGCAGCCUGGUUAAGUUACUUCCUGGACAAGACUUUGAACAGGUCUCUGGGUACACGGUGUUUAGAGACUCCAUAUCCUCGCAAGAGAUCAACGUGCAGUCCUUGCAAGAGAAUGUAGCGGAGCUGGAUGAGUUGUUCGCUGUUGAGAUCAUUAACGCGACAGGGAUUGGCACAGGUGAGAAUGGUCGCCUUGGUAAUGCCACCAUUGCUUACCUGACGAUCACCGCUAACGACGACCCCAACGGCGUAUUCCUCUUCGCAUCCUUGUCACGUGAUGUCACCAUACCAGAAGAUUUUCUCCCUGGAUUCCAGGACACAACCACCAAGAAUCUGACAGUGCUCAGGAGCCAGGGAACGUGGGGGGAUGUCCAGGUUCUUUGGGAGAUCUCGACUGCUGUACAAAAUAUCAAGCUGCCUGCCACCUACGAUCUUCUGUUCCUAGGGACCAAGGGAUCAGGCGUAGUGCUGGAUUCCAGCAAGAGAAGGCAGUAUACCGGCACAGACGUUGCUUGUUUCAGCUCCGCUCGGACAGAUUCCAGUGUAUCCGUCAAGCACAUCACCGGACUUUCUAGUGACACCAGUUUAAGCGUAUGGCUGCAGCCUGAAAGAGACAGUUAUGGGGUCUUUCUAUCAUAUGGCACAGAUGCCUCUGUAAGCUACUCCGCCGCUGUGAACACUUCCGGUGUAACAUCUACGCUAACCUUCAAUUACCUCGCCAACUCGACGGUUGUAGAUUUUGGAAAGUCUAUUGCUGAUGGUACUUGGCAUUUCCUGGUCAUCACGAUCACCUCUUCAAAGGCUAUUUUCUACAUUGACGGAGUCGAAUUGGCAUCGUGGGUCCUUCCUUCUGGUUCAUUGGCUUCUAAUGGGAUGUUCACUAUCGGCAGUAAGCAGACCGGGCAGAGUUUUACAGGCUGCGCACAGGAUGUUCGUGUUUAUGGCGCUAUACUUGAAGACAGCCUUGUAUCUGCGAAAGCUGAGCCUGUCAACAGACUGCGACCCAUCAACGGCUAUAUAAACUACGCAGAGUACGAGAGCACAAAGAUGGUAGCGAUUAGUACCGUAGAUAACCUGCAACCUGAGCCCGACACGAUCUUCUCAGUCGGUCUUCUGACCACUAAAGGAGGGGCAAGGCUCGAUUUGAAUAAUGCUGUUGCUCGACUGACAGUCUCUAAGAGUGAUAACGCCAAUGGUCUCUUCCUCUUCGACUCCAUUACUCCCAUCUCUGUGAAUGAGAGCACUAACAUUACAUUGGUUGUGCGAAGAGACGAAGGCGACUCCGGCACUGUCACUGUCAGAUGGGGCGUGUACUUGGGCGCAGAACUAGCCACUCAAGACUUCCUGGAAUACACUGGAAAUAUUGUGUUUAAUAAGGGAAUCAAGCGAAUGGAUUUGAACCUCCAUUUAAACAACGAUAACCACCCUGAGCUGAACGAGGCCUUCCAACUAAAGCUUCUAAGUGCAGUGGCGGAUGGCAAAGUCGGUAGUACUCCUACCAGCGGUGCUAGUCUGAAGCCCAACUUCACCGAAAUCACGAUUACUAUCACAGAGAACGACUAUCCCUAUGGACUAAUACAGUUCGCGGAAACAGAACCUGACGCGAACAGCACAAUAAUGAUUGCUACUCAGCCCUACAGCAAAGACAUCAGGGAAAGUGUUGGCACACUUGUGUUGUAUGUGGUGCGGGCACAGGGAACCGAAGGUGAAGUCACUGUCCCCUGGCGAAUAGACCCAGGCACGGCCAGUUCACCCAGCGACUAUGUAGACGAUGCAGGCGAGGUGACUUUUGCCCCUGGAGUGAAGAGCGCUUCGAUAAGUAUCCAAAUCAAAGACGAUCACCUGCCAGAACUGAAUAAAACGUUUACUGUGGCACUUUAUAGUCCAAGGAAUGGAGCGGUCCUUAACCCUAUUGCCUCUACCGCUGUCAUCGACAUCCUACCUAGUGAUGAUGCCUUCGGCGUCAUGAACUUCACCGCUGAAUCCUUGACUCGCACCGUCCAGGAAGACUCCUUGGUCACCCUGACAGUGGUACGAGCAGGUGGUACCCUGGGCUCAGUCACCCUCUACUGGGCAGCCUCUGGUCAAGGAAGUCAGGAUAUACAGCCAGUGGAUGGUUAUGUCAGUUUGUCCACUGGACAGACCUCAGCUAGCAUCGAUAUCCGCAUCAACCAGGAUUCUGUCUCGGAGCUUGCAGAAAGCACCAUCAUCGAGCUGUUCAACACGACACGUGGUCGUCUCGCAUCAACCGGUACAAAGUGCAACCUGACCAUCCUACCAAGCGAUGAUCCUUAUGGCGUCUUCAAGUUCACGCCCUCUACCCUGACAACCCAGGAGGGUAACAAGACUGUCUCCCUAACCAUUACCAGAUCCCUUGGCACAAAGGGCGCCAUACGGGUACACUACCAGACACUAGGCGCUGGUGACAGUAUUGGUGAGGCCAGGCAGAAUGCCGUUCCUGGUCAGGACUUUGUAGCCGUUGAUGCGUAUGUGGAUUUCGCGGAUGGUCAGACUAAUGCUAGCGUGUUUGUUGAUAUUCUUGAUGACGUCGCGCCCGAAGAUGUUGAAAAGGUCCUGGUUAACUUGACCUGGCUUGAGUUAAGGCAGCACGCUCCUGUUAUACCAGUCCCAACUGACUCACCUCGGCUUGGCUCCUCUCCCUUCGCCGUCAUCACCAUCGAGCCUAAUGAUGAUGCUAGCGGGGUCUUGCAGCUUUCCUCAAGUCGUGUCACGGUGAAGGAGCCGUAUGACGGCACUAUCCUCAACGUUACGAGAACUGCUGGUGCCUUUGGAGAGGUUACAGUAUACAUCUCUGUAGUUGAUGGAAAUACAACCUCUGCUGACUAUACACUGCUCGAGAAGAACGUCACACUAUUAUCCGGCGAGAGAAGCAAGGCCGUUCCCAUACAGAUAGUCAACGAUGACAUUCCAGAGCACGCCGAAACAUUCACAAUCAAACUGCUUUCCGCGGGAAUACUCGGAGGGGCAAGGCUUGGGAGCCCUGUGGAGUGCGUGGUUACUAUUGAUGAGAAUGAUUACCCGUAUGGGCUUAUAGGUUUCAGUAGUGCAUCGUUAAAUCAACAAGCAGUGGAACCCGCCUCGGGCGUAACCCGCUUUGUGACGUUUACUGUCGAGCGCCGUUUUGGCACUGAACUCACCUCUACGGUCCACUGGGAAGCCACCAUACACGGAGCGCUUGCCUCUGCUGACGUGACACCUACAUCCGGGGACCUGGUCUUCCCUGUAGAGGAAACACAGAAGGCUAUAACACUACAGAUUCUUGCAGACGACACACCAGAGAUUCCAGAGUCACUGGGGCUCAGCAACCUGAUAAGAGUCGUGAAGGUCAACCUGACCGGGGUGGUGUCGGGCAGGGCUGUACUCGAUACCCAGACAAACGUGGCAAACUUAACGAUCGCAGCCAACGACAAUCCACAUGGUGUGGUCCGCUUUACCCAGCCUAGCUAUAAUGCUAUAGAGGGCCCAGAACAGAUAACCGUGGUACACCUGCCUAUCACUAGAGAUUUCGGAACCUUUGGAGAUGUAAAGGUUUAUUAUAGUACCUUGGCUGGCUCUGGCCCCACUUCUGCAGAGCCUGGCAUAGACUUCACACCGGUUUCCAAUAACUCAGUAGUGCUCCCACAUGGGCAGGCCAACGGCAACAUCACCAUUCAAAUCCUGAACGAUUCCCUACCCGAGCUUGGCGAGACAUUCAUGGUCUUCAUUGAACGGGUUGAGUUGAUUGGACAGAACUCAGGGUUUCCGCCUGUGAUUGGCUCUCCUAGAACUGUAAACGUUACCAUAGUAACGAAUGAUGACGCACAUGGGCUGUUUGUGAUCGAGGCUGUCAGUCCUGAUCCUGGCAGUGGCGGUACUAGGCAAACAAUUCUUGAACAAGAAGCUCCUGUUACAUUUGUUGUCCGGCGUCUCGCAGGUACCAUUGGUCGGGUGACAGUAGAGUGGAAGAUAUAUUCCCAUAGUACCGCCAACAGAUCCGACUUUACAGGAGACGGAGCAGUUUUCGUGUUCGAGCAAGGGGAUACCAGUAAAACUGGGAAUAUUCGGAUUCUGGAUGACUCGACCCCUGAGCGUGACGAAACAGUUGUCAUCGUAUUGGUCAAUCCAACAGGCGGCUCGCGUGUUGCUUCUGGUCUAGGCAAUAACCUGACUGUGAUCAUCUCGGCAAAUGAUGGCGUCGCUGGUCAAGUUGGUUUCAGCCAAUCCUCACAGUCCGUGGUUGCCAAAGAGGGGACAACUGUGGACCUUUCCGUGGAAAGGACCGCUCCUGCCGCCGGAAAAGUGUCCGUUAACUGGGUCAUCGUUGGCACUAAUGCCUCUCACGAUUUCUCGCCGCAUAUGGGACACGCUGUAUUCUUAGAGGGCCAGAGAUAUGCAAACAUCACCUUCAAUGUGGAGGCGGAUUCUAAACCAGAGCCGGACGAAGUGUUUAGCGUACAGCUCAGUAAUGUUACAACUGUUGAUGUAGCGGCGUCUGGCGCGGCAACACUCAUACCUGCGCGCGCAACUGCGACUGUGACCGUGCAAGCUAGUGAUGAGCCUCACGGGUGUGUGGAGUUCCAAUCAGGCUCAAGAAUCGUCAUCACCACAGAAGACAAAAACGUAACGCUGAUCUUGUCAAGGCUUUAUGGAACUUUAGGUGACCUCCGCAUUCAUUAUGAGAUCAAGUCUGGCAACAAUACUCAGCUAGAUCAACAAACAACUCUAGCCACUGCUGGCGAGGACUUCAUAGCCACUGUUGGCUCAGUCAUGAUUCCUAACGAACAAGCCGUUGGCGAAAUUCCAGUGUUUAUUAUUGACGAGAGUGUUCCCGAGCAGUCCGAAGUUUUUAUCGUUAACCUCACGGCUAUCGAGUUGGUGAACGGUCCGUACAAUGUGACAGGUGCGCCGCCCAAGAUCCUUGCGGAUUCGGUUGCUCAAGUGACAAUUUCUCCCAACGAUGAUCCGGCUGGUGUCAUUGGCUUUUCUCAGACCAGGAUUGAUGUUAACGAAAGUAUUGGAGCCUUUAAUGUGACAGUACUACGCUCGCAAGGAUCUCUGGGAACAGUGACUGUCAAAUAUUUUAUCAAGCUAACGUCAACUGCAAUUCCAAACGAUUACUCCAUACCUUCCUUCGGAGGUGGCGAGGAGACCCUAACCUUCGUCGAUGGUCAACGUGAACAAAAUAUCGAAGUAAAGAUCACUGAUGACACCAUUCCUGAAGAUAACGAGAGCAUCAUUCUUGGUUUGAAGCCUGGAGUCGGGGCGGCUCUUGUUCCUGGACAUGAACAGACGGAAAUAGUCAUUCUUUACAACGACGAUGCCAGAGGGGUGUUUAAUUUCUCCUCCGACUCCACUCAUAAGGUUAUCUCUGAGCCGGGUAACGGUGCGCUAAAUGAGGCGGUAUUCCGCGUGGUCCGUAAUGUGGAUAGUUUCGGAUCAGUAGUGGUCGGCUGGAGAGUUGUGAACGCAUCGGCAUCAGCCGACCUUUCACCUGUAAAUGGCACGCUGGUGUUUGGGAAGGGGGUCGACCAAAUGCCAUUCAGUAUCAAGAGUUUGGUGGACUCAGACUCUGAGAAGGCAGAGAACUUUGGUGUCGAGAUUUACAUUAUUUCUGGCGGUGGACGAAUCAGUUCUCCACACAUGGCGACCCUAACCAUCUCGGAGAACGAUUACCCAUAUGGUGAGCUAGAAAUCAUCUCCAGCCUAACACAGUCAGGCACGGUCAGCGUCGAAGAGAGCGUCGGGUUCGUCAAAACGAAGAUUGUCAGAAAGAAAGGCAACCUUGGACGAAUUACUGUUGACUAUCAGACCAUACCCGGCAGUGCAUCAUCUGGUGUUGGCGAUGCUGCUUUCUUCGAGCAAAUACAAGGAAUACAGGCUGCUGGAGCUAAUGCUUUUUACGCGUUCAGCGCGUACGGGGACGACUUCCUCGUGCUUGGGGCUAACGGAAAUGGGAGUCAGAAUGGAUAUAGGGGCUCUACUUUGUUCAGGUGGCAGGGGGUCUACAUCCCUAUUCAGGAAAUAAAAACCAAUGGCGCCGUUCGCUUCGACUCGAUUGUCAUAAAUGGCAUGACUUAUCUUGCUGUAGCCAAUCAGGGUUCAAUUGGCGACUAUGAGGUCAACUCUAGUGUGUUCGCCCUCUCGAGUGACGGCAAGCUCUCGUUGGUCCAAGACCUACCUUCCCAGGGUGCAUCGAGCGUGUCGUUCUUUGCCCAAGGAGGACAGACGUACCUUGUCAUAUCUAAUGGAAUCAAUAACGCUGGUACAACGCUACUGAAAACUAAGGUUUACAAAUGGGUAACGGACAAGUUCGUGGACCAAGCUGCUGAUAUUGACACACGGGCGGCUUCAGACCUUGCUUCCUUCUCUAUCAAUGGAGUCAUGAUGAUGGCAAUAUCGUUCAAAAACGACCUUGACGUCAGCAACCUCAAAACAAAGUCCCCUAUACUUAGAUGGCAGACUGGCUCAUUUAUUCCAUAUAGGGAGGUUGAUACAGUUGGACCAAUAGGCGUUGAGCAUUUCGCAUUCGGCGGUGAAUAUUAUUUGUUAUUUGCAAAUAGCAAGGGUCCAAGUAAGGUUUAUCAAUGGAAGAAUAGCAAUUUUGAUGAAGUCCAGAGCUUGGAGACCAAUGCAGUGAAGUCAGCGAGAGUGUAUCAUAGCAAUGGAAAACCCAACCUCGUCACCGUAGAGAGCCAUGACGCGUUGAAGAUCUAUUCGUGGAAUACCUCAAUAUCGGCCUUUACACUGAGCAUGAACACGACGAUAGCUGGUGUUGUAAGCGUUGAGCCCGUAGUCAUAGCUGAUCCAGUAGCAGGGGAAGUCGCAAUGAUGAUGGCAGCUGUAAAAGGAACCUCUUCCUCUCCUAUUUACAUCCCAGUCAAGCUGUCUUCUUCAGCGGACUAUGUGCCACGCAAAGGACAAGUGACACUGAUGGACGGGCAGACAGAACUAGAGCUUGAUUUCACUGUCCUUCCCGACUCCCUGCCAGAGAAAGACGAAACGUUUGACAUCAUUAUAUACAACACAACGAACAAGGCCGUCUUGGGCUCCACCUCCAGAGUCACAGUAACCAUUCUAUCUAGCGAUAACCCUCACGGUCGCAUCAGCUUCGCGAUAAACUCCACUCGCGUUGUCCAACCGGAGCUGGCAACUGAUACUACAGUCAACUUUGAAGUUGUCCGUGAAUAUGGUAGCUUUGGUCGCGUGGUUGUUGCCUGGAAUAUGACUGGAAAUUACAGUGAUGGUGAUUUGAAGCCACUGUCUGGUCAGGUGAUGUUCCAGGAAGGCGAGACCAGGAAGAUUAUAUCUGUGCUUGUUCAUCGUGAUGAUCUUCCCGAGCUGGACGAAGUGGCUGUAAUAAGGCUUGUUCGAUUGCUCGAGACGGGCUCGUCGCAAGAUGGACGUGGUGCUGUCAUCAACACUGCUCGUUCCACAGCUAUCUUAAUCAUUCCUGGAAACGACGACCCGCAUGGUGUCAUUUCUUGGUCACGUCCAGUGUACCUGUCACAGGAGCCAAGUCUGACCAACUCUUCCCUGAUCCUAACCAUCCAUCGUCGUGGCGGUACAAUGGGUGUGGUCCUGGUAUCAUACCAAACUGUCCGGGCAAUCCAGGGGGAGUACAACAAUGACCAGGUAGCCGUACCAGGAGUAGACUACGUCACAAAGACAGGCCAGGCUGUUAUCCAGGAUGGGGCCAACUCGACAAGCGUUUCUGUUGACGUCAUACAUGGAUCAACCUCAGCCUUCAACAAGCUCUUCUUGGUGAAUCUUAUGUCCGCGGUUUUACAGGCCGGUUCAGCGUCAACCCCUCAUGUCACAAACUCGCCGCGCAUUGACCCUAGUGCGCAAAAGGCUGUAGUGGUCAUUGCGCAGGUCAAUCAGACCCUCGGCGAGAUUAACUUUGACGUCACAGUGGAUGCCAACACCAACGCUGUCAUGACAACUGAGGGAACACAACUGAGCCUUAAGGUUGUACGUAACGGCAGUACUCAGCAUAGAGUCGGAUUCUCCUACGUCGUUCAGCCCUCACGGGAUUCCCGCUACGCACCAGCUAGUGACUCAGACAUAAGUCCACUCAACGGCACAGUGUACUUCGAGUCUGGCGAGACAGAAAAGCUGUUGAGUAUUACGAUAAUACAAGACAACACGCCGGAGUUGGACGAGGCGUUUUACGUGCUUAUGAGUCGACCAAUCGACGGCAUUAGGAUAGGGCCACGCAACCGAGUUGAUGUUGUGGUGUCUGCAAGUGAUUCUCCGUAUGGAGUCUUCGGGAUCUCCACGUACAAUACCAUCAACACUGUUGAGGAAGGCAGCAUUCUCCGACUGGAGGUCCAGCGCCUUGGAGGAGACUUCGGUGACGUUACUAUCACUUGGCGAAUCACCCCAGGAAAUUCUCAGAUCCAUCCUGUAAACGGAACGCUGCUUUUCCUACAGGGAUCCCGCUCCAUGUUUAUUGAGGUCGCUGCCACCAAUGACUCUAUCCCUGAGGGCGCUCAGCAGUUUACCCUAGAGCUGGUCUCCGCUGAUAACGGAGCAAACUUGAACUCCACCGCCAGUCGGGCGCAGAUUGUCAUCCUGGCCAAUGAUAACGCCAAGGGCGUCAUAUCUGUCGAUAUGACAACCAGGGCGAUUGUGACAGGAGAGCCUAUGACGUCAGGUUACGAUGGGGUGUUUACUAUAAGAGUAUUGCGCAGCAUCGGACAGUUCGGCGAGGCUUUCGUCAGCUGGGAUAUCACCAAGGUUACCGCUUCUGCCGCGGACCCUUCGAACGCCUUUAAUGUGUCGUCUGGUCGACUCAGGUUUACAGAUGGGGUCCCAAGCUUAGCUAUCCCUAUACAGGUAAAGCAAGACACAGAGCCUGAGGAGUUCGCCUCGUAUGUUUUCAAGAUCACCAAUGCCGAGAAUGCUGACCGUGACCCCUCCCCUGGGGCACUCCAGGCGUCGAUUGAUGUCGUCGCCAGUGAUGACCCUUACGGGGUGCUGGUAUUUGAACCCCCGUACGUGUAUAACGUCAGUGAGGAUGUUGGCACCGUGAAUAUGACUGUCAAGCGGAAUAAGGGCGAUAUUGGUCGGCUUAGCGCUAAUUACUCGGUCACGUCGAGUUCAGCGAUGCCUGGACAGGACUAUGAAGCGAUGAGUGGAGUUCUCGAAUUCGCCGACAAAGAACAGACAAAGAAACUUACCCUCAAGGUCCUACAAGAUGUGUCACCCGAGCUGGACGAAACUAUUCUUGUUCAACUCCAGUCCGUCCGACUUUUGGACCGGACACUGAACUUCAGCACGGUGCAAGGCCUCCAGCUGAACAUGCCUCCUCGCAUAGGUGACCAAUCGGCUGUCAGUGUUACCCUGCUGAAGAACGACGAGGCUCAUGGGAUUGUUCAGUUUGUGGUGACGUCAGCGACUGUGCGGGAGUCUGAUGGUCACGUGAGCCUUGGACUACAGAGAACUGGUGGUACUUUUGGCAUCAUUCAAGUCAACUACAACGUGCUUAAUGGCACAGCCAAUCACGGGGAAGACUACAAUGUGUCAAGUGGUGUUAUCAUUUUUAAAGCCGGCCAAUAUUCUGCCCAGCUUAUCGUGGGCAUCAUCGAUGACGUUAUCCCCGAGCAAGCGGAGACCUUCAGCGUCCAGCUGAUAUCGGUCACUGGCGGCGGGAGACUGGGUACUAAGGUCACUGCUCAAGUACAAAUCGAGACUAGUGACAACCCGAGUGGGCUGUUUGGCUUUGUGAACGCCACUGAUUUGCAACUUGUAAACCCCAACAUCACUCGUACGCUGAACUUUGGUGUGGAUCGCGUGGGAGGGGCACAGGGGAUUGUUCAGGUGAAGUGGCAAGUACUCAGGGUAAGCCUACCAUCUAGUGCACUCUCAGACGAUUUCAUCGGCGCAACGGACGGUGUAUUGAGCUUUGCUUCUGGGGACAAGACAAGACAGUUUAUCACCAUUAAGCUAGAUGCGUAUACAGGUCCGGAGCCCGAAGAAGUGUUCGUGCUGAACCUGUAUGACGCGACAGGCGGGGCCGCCAUCGACACACUGCAGACAAACAUUACCUUGACCGUGCUCAAGCAAGGUAACCCUAACGGCAUCUUCGGCUUCCAGAGCACGGCCAGUAAGAUCAUUCAGGAGCCUGGUAACGCGCAGGUCACCAGUCUGCAGUUCCCCGUGGAGAGGACAAAGGGAACCAUCGGCUCAGUGCAGGUCUACUGGCGCGUGAUUGGUCUAAAUACCGGCGCCAUUAGCAGUGACCUGGAAUCCUCAUCCGGGACCUUGGACUUCCUCGCUGGACAGCAGCUGCGUAACCUGGAGAUCUCGGUGCGCGCGGACGAUCUGCCGGAGCUGGAGGAGCAGUUCCUGAUCACGCUGUACCGCGUUGAUGGAGGAGGAGACCUAGACUUUUCUAAACAGAACGUCACUUUUAAUAUAAGCGCCAAUGACGCCCCUCACGGAGUGUUCCGGCUGAAACCCGCGGCUCAGUCGCUAACAGUGAGUGGGGAUGGGUCCCGUCAUCUUCGCUUCACCAUUCUUCGCGAGAAUGGCACGUUUGGCUCAGUCCAGGUCUCCUAUACCAUAACAUACUCCGCUUGGUACCCAGAAAGCAUUGCAGGGAAGCUUACCGUGCCUGCUGGUGACCCGAACAGAGAGGUGUCUGAGGAUAUUACACUCACCAAUACCGCUUUCCUCGAAUCUGGUUCAAGCUUUCGAAUUUUGUUGACCGAAGUUGGACAAAUUGGAGUGUCAUCUGGGAUCCCGCCCAUUCUUGCGUCAUCAUCACCGAUAACUGAGACGGUCAGCGUGCCGGAGAGUGCAGCGAACGCUGUGUUCAGAAUUGCCGAUAGCUCAACGAGGCUGUUUGUAGACUCAGGCAAUAACGUGCGUGCCGUCACGAUUCGGCGUGAGGGGCUCUACGGUGACGUCAUCGUCAACUGGCGAAAGGUGGACCCUGUGGACUCGUUAGGCGCAGGCUUCAGUGCCGGAAAUAUGGCACCUUCGUCAGGUCAGCUGACGUUCACUGGCGCCACCAAGGAACUAAACUUCUCGCUACAGGCCAUCCCAGUGCCAUCACCAGACAGUAAGUUGAUCUAUGCGGUGGAGCUCGCAUCCGCGACCACAUCCUCAGCUGUGGCAGGUGGCGCCAACAUCACCCAGGGAAACGGCAAGACUGCUAUCAUUGAGUACAGCGGUAGAGUGGAGUUCGCGCCAGAUUCGCUACAGCUUUCAGUCGAAGAGGGAGGGCAGGUGACCUGUCGCGUUGUUCGACUCUUCAGCGCCCUCGGAUCGGUCACGUUCACCUACACCGCCCUGGGCUCGAGUCGUUCCGUCCGACUGGAGGAAGGGGAGUACACCAAGACCUUCCAAGUGACUGUCCCUGAUAACAAUACUCCCGAGAAAGACAGCUCCUUCAACAUUAACAUUACUAGUGUCUUUGGAGCAAACUUUCCCCGCCUCGGCACCAAACUCUCCGCGACCGUCACAGUUCAGGAUAACGACGAUGCGAGUGGAGUUAUCAGUUUCAAGACCACCUCAAUGCGCAUGCCCGAGAAUGCCACAUCCGGCAACACGCGGGUCGUGACACUCGAGGUGCAACGCACCCGGGGUACCCUAGGGGAAGUCUCUGUACUCGUCAGGAGUGUUGGGGGAGGUGAGGGAUGGACCUCCUCGGCUAGUCCCCAGUCUCUGCGCGAUCAAUUGAGUCAGAGAUCUCAAGAUAAUAAUGCGACUGUUGGGAAUGACUACGUUCAGCUGUACCAGAUAGUUCGCUUCCCGAGCGCAUACCCAACCCCAGCUGGUGGCCAGACUCAGACUGUACAGCUCACAGUGAUCGACGAUGACUUGCCGGAACCAGAUGAACAGGUUUAUCUGUUCCUUUCAAACGUGACUGGUGGAGCACGGCUUGCCACAAACUCCGAUAAUUUACAGACCUGGUCGGUGGUGACUAUUGAAGGCAAUGAUCUUAUGAAUGGUGAGGUCGGCUUCGUAGCGGGUUCACAGGCUGCUACCAUUGACGAGGACGGACUCGCAAGUGCUACUUUAAAGGUUGAGCGCAUUGGUGCAACAUUUGGUACGGCCUUGGUUUUGUGGCAUGUUCGGGAGGCAGAAAAGCGACCAGAGCUUGUCGCAGCCGAAGGCACGAUCACAUUUAGCCCAGGUGUCCGAGAAGUGGACCUUGUCAUCAGAUUGAAUCAGGACAAUACUCCAGAGUUUCAGUACGAGUUCCACGUGGAUCUGGUUCAACUGCUAAACACACAGCAGGCUCGCAUCAAGCCUAGCGCACGAUCUGCCGUGAUCACGGUAUUGCCGAGUGACUAUCCCUAUGGUCUGGUCGGGUUUGCCCCCGCCGCACUUUACACGGCUGUCAACCUAGAGACAACAGAGGUCUCCCUAGACGUCGUCCGUAGUCAAGGGAACACUACUGACGUCACCGUGACGUAUCAGACGCAGAUGCUCCCAGCCAGUUCUAACGAGGCUGGUGUGAGCACGGCUCAGGCAGUCGUUGGCAGGGAUUAUCAGCGGCCAGUAUCACUAUCAGUGCGCUUCAAACCCGGAGAGACGACACAAAGAGUGAAGGUAGCGCUGACUCCUGAGACCCCGUCAGCAAGUCAGUACCCGAAAGCCUUCAGAAUAGUCAUCCUUAACGCCUCAAGCCAGGCAAUCGUGAAUGGUGCCCAGAGCAAAGCCAUGGUUAUUAUUUCAAACAACAAGGAGACAACACAACUAUUGAAGCUGAGAGCUGCUUCUAAGAUUUCUCCUCUCACAGACGAAAAUAUCAACCAAAUUCUAGCGGAUCUGAAAAAUUCUGUCCGACGCCCUCCGUUAAACAACGACCAACUCACUCUCACGAAAGAUACCAUUAACGAGAUUCUUGAUGACAAGAAGACAAGACCAACCGCGUCAGAGCAGAGACUGCAGGAGAUAACCAAGGCCACUCUGAUGGACAUCUUUGAUGAGUUACUUGACCCUGCACGAUCAGACACAAAGGGUCGGUCCGACUUGGCGCAAGUUUUUGAGCACUUCUCGUUCGCUCUAGCGUACGGACAGCCUUGCCCAACUUCCUCCCUUGGGCUUAAGGGGAAGCGAGCGUACUGCGACGUGUACAAGCGUGCACACUCCUCCCUCAACGGGCUUCAGAUUAAGUCUGUCACUGGCAAACACUAUUUCACCUACCCGUCCAAUCUCUAUCCCGUACCAAUAAGCUCCGCUGAACCUGUGGAGUGCGGCGAGGCUCAUUUUAUCGAGUACCACAAUUCGCAUUGGUUCACGGGCUCUGUUGUCAACAGCAAGGUCCUUUCCACCUCGGUAAACGAUUCGAGUGCCCUAAACAAAAACAAAGAGCCAUUUACCUACGUCAUCUACAGCGGCAAUAAGCGCGUCACACCUAUGGGUGCCAAGUGUGUCUUCUGGGAUUUUGACAAGUCUGUUUGGAGUACUUCAGGAUGUAUGGUCAAGAGUGACGAAAAGGACUUUGUUGAAUGUCAGUGCACCCACAUGUCUAACUACGCAGCGCAAGGACAAAGUGACGACCGUGUCGGUUACACGACGUAUUUUUACGCCGCCUGCUUUGUUUGCCUUGGUGCCUUUGCGCUGGCAUUGUUGUCCCAUCUUGCCUGCUCUGUGGAAAACCUGUUUUCAGCCAAGCUCCUGAUGCACAUGUUUUUCGCGUGUAUGAUAGCACAGCUCAUGUAUGUAAUUGGGGCGUACGUAAGCUCGACCCAGGCCGUUGUAAACGAGAGUCCCGCGGUCCGUUGCUCGGUGCUUGGGGUCUUUAUCCACUAUUUCUACCUUUGUCAGUUCUCAUGGAUGUUCGUGCAGGGAUGGAAUUUAUGGAGGAUCUUAGUGCUGAACGACGAACACACGGAUCGCAAAUACGUGCUCUUCUUUCUUCUCGGAUGGGGCAUGCCUGUCGUGGUCAUUGUCCUGUACAUCGUGGUUGCUCAAGCCGCGUUUUCAUGGCCUUUCACGGACAUGUACGGCGACGUCCACCAGAAUGGAGACAUGUGUUUUAUUCCUAACGCGUACGCAGCUCUCGCGUCAGCGGUGGCCCCUGUGCUGCUAUUCCUGAUGGGCGUGGCCGUGGUCUUUACUCAGGCCUACCAGGUCACUAUGCAGUGGCGUUACUAUGACGACAUCUAUAGAGGUCACUACAAUAUUAAGGAGGUGCGUCACGUGAUCGCACUUUUCGUGUUUGUCACAAUCACGUGGCUGUUCGCGGGACUUCACCUGGCGUAUGGCUACCUGUGGAUGAUAAUCGUGUUCGCUAUUCUUGACAUACUGCUGGGGUUAUACGUAUUCAUCUUAUACUUCAUCCUACGGAACCAAGUCCGAGGCGUAUUCAAGCAGACCUACGCGUUCCAGGGCGAGCCGCCACCCAUUCAGACACACGACGACUUCUUCCGUGCACAGCAGAACAGUCUUGACCACAGCACUAUCAACUCUAAACGACUAAAGCCGCGAAUGUCCCCAGAUGACCCGGUUGACUGGGACGAGCUGGACAUGGGCGCCACUCCGAGAAGCAACCGGAAACUCAUCGUCAACAUGGAUGACUCGAACUCCAUUGGCCGGGUAAACGAGACGUACGAAGACGACAUCGAAACCGAUGACUUUGACGACCUGAUCUUCGCCCUCAAGACUGGUGGUAACUUUGACGAUUACACUCGAGAUGAAAAGGAUCCGGACUUUGAUCUCGGACAUGGCGACGAGCAUUAUGAGAUGAGAAGGAUCUCUAUAGCAGACACCCACUUAUGACCUGAAUAAUCAUGCAGUGUGUAAAAGGGAAGGUCUGGAUUAUACUAAAGCACUCCAGAAAAGUAACAAAGGAUUGGAAUAUAUAUGGAGUCAAAGGCAUUAGCAAACAUUCGGCCCAGAUAUUACCUGCAUACAAGCGUUAAGAGUGCCGAAAACAGAUAUAUUGUCGCCCGAAGCGUGACCCCUGAAAUACGUACGCGCCUAGCAAAUCCAUCCACCUUUGCUUUGUUUGCGCGCCGUAGGAUGCCUGACUACCCGGAAUAACUACUCGUCGAAGAACACACUAGAAAGCCUGUUUUCAGGAAACAUGUCAGAUAACUUUUCUUGAUAGAAAAAGUUAUUCCGGUGGUUGUUGUCCAGGCAUAUUUUUUUUUUUUUAAUAUUAUAUGUACCUUUUUUGUUUAAUCAUGUAAACAUCGCUUCGGCCUGGGUUUUAAAGUCACUUUAAAAAGGUAAACAUAUCUUUAUAUAUAAGUAAAAUAUUAGGUGUGAUACAAAAGCAUAUAUAGGCUUUAAUUUGCUGUGUUUUGCCGAUGCUGUAAUUAUCUUUAAGGUGGUCCGCUUAUAUUUGCUUUGAAAAUGAUAAUUGGCUUAGAUGUCAGCUGCUCCAUAACAAAUAGGAGAUUUUCAUUUUAGUUUUUGUAUUGUUCUAUGAUUAUCAUUUUCAAAAUAAACUAGGGUUAUCUGUUUUGUUGUAAUAUAAUAUUUUUAUAAGCUUGUAUUUUUUUCAAAUUACACAAACCUGUAAAUCACUGUAAAAAGAAUAAAGAUGACUGCGCAA